AUGGCUCCCCCAAAGCAGUGCCCGUCCUGCGGUGGCAGAGAGAUUGCGACUGACUAUGCCCUCGGUGUUGUACUAUGCCAGUCGUGCGGUCUCGAGCUAGAAAAGGGCAUCCUAGUCUCCGAGGUCGGCUUCACGGAAGGUGCUGGCGGGCGUAUGCACGUACAGGGCACUUUUGUGUCCAACCACUCGACGGGUAUCAAUUCAUUCCGCGGCCAUGGUCCCACCUCUGAGAACAUCAAGGAGGAAGGCCGCAAACGUAUCCAGAUGAUCUGCAACCAGAUGGGUAUCCUCCCGUCGGUGCAGCGUGGUUCUCAGCGCUUCUACUCACUCGCGGUCGACAACAAGUUCAACCGCGGCCGCCGCACCGACUACGUCGUCGCGUCCUGCAUCUACCUGUACUCUCGCUUCGAGAAGGACGCCCUCAUGCUCAUCGACUUUAGCGAGCGUCUACAGAUCAACGUGUACGAACUAGGCGCUACGUACCUCAAGCUCCGCGCCGCUCUCAACCUCGACCAGGUUCUCCCGGAGAUCGACCCGGCUGUGUACAACAUUCGCUUUGCGAACCGCCUAGAUUUUGGGAACAAGGCGACGAUGGUUGCGCGCGAGGCGUCGCGCCUCGUUAAGCGCUUCAAGGCCGACUGGAUGACGGCUGGUCGCCGUCCUGCUGGAAUCUGUGGCGCGUGCAUCGUGAUAGCGUCGCGCAUGAACGACUUUCUUCGCACCCCCGAAGAGGUCGCGCAGGUCGUCAAGGUGUCGCCUCAGACGAUCAAGAAGCGCCUACAGGAGUUUGCGCAGACGGCGAUGGCAUCCAAGAGCGUUGCAGAAUGGCGUUCGAUGACUGAUGCCGAGCUAGAAGCGGUAAACAAGGACGAGCUCCCGCCAAUCAUCAAGGAGCAGCGGGCUCGUGAGGAGCGCAAGCGCCGUCGCGAAACGGCUUUUGAUGAGAGCAGCACCAAGCCUAACACGCGCGCGAGCAGCCGCGCCAGCAGCCGCGCUCCGACCCCCGUCGCGUCGCCCGGUACACCGCAGAAGCGCCGUCGCCUCGCUCCCAAGGACACUGAAUCCGUCCCUCUGAGUGGCGAUGCUGCCGCCGACGCAGCGUUAGCUGAGGUCGCGCUCGACAUAGGUGACGAGGCAGAGGAGGGCGAGGAGGACACGAACCUCGAGGAGCUCUCGAAGGAGGACUACGUCGGCGAUAUCCAGAAGGCCGGAGACGACAGCGAGCUAGCGCGCAACGAACGCCGUAUUGAGCGCCGGCGUCUAUUCCGGGGCGUCAAGGCUGUUGGAGGCGACGACGACGACGAGGAGCUGGACGAGCUAGCCGCCGAUGCGGACGAGUACGACGACAAUGUGGACGCCAAGGAGGAUGGCAAAGAAGAGUCGGCAGCCACCUCCGGAGGAUUCAAGGACCUGCCAGACACGCCGUCGUGGGACGACAAGGAGGCCGUGUACGCGUACAUUGAGGCGAAUAUCUUUGGUGACGAGGGUGACCUCCUCUACGCGACGCCCGGGGAUAAGACGGCUCGCAUUGAGCGCUGGUUGCGCGGCCGCGAGCCCAAGGAUGUCAUCUCGGAGAUGCGGCGUGUUCAGUGGGCCCGCCACAAGCGCGAGUACGACGCAAAGCAGAGCGUCCACGAGACCAUGAGCGACAUCGACGACGACGAGCUCGAGAACAUUUACGUGAUGGAGGACGGCGAACAGGCUGCGCGCGCACGUAUGUGGCUAUCGCAUAACGCUCGUUGGCUCGAGGAGGACAAGGAGCGUCAAAUCAAAAAGGCGGCGCUGGCCGAGGCUGCCGAGCAGAAGCGCGCGGGCCGCCCGCCACGCAAGAGCUCGAAACGGCAGAAGCGCACGGCGCCGUUUGCGAGCGCACGUGAAGCGAUCGACAACUUUGCCAGCACCAAGAAGUUCUCGAGCCGCAUCAACAUGGACGCGAUUCGGCGUCUGGACGCCGGCGAGGAGUACGACCUUCAGAGCAUGCCGGACGACGAUGACAAGGAUGACAAGAUCGACGACAAGGUCGAUGACAAGGUUGAUGAUGCCGACGACGAUGAUGAGGACUUUGAGUUUGACAUCCCACCAGGCCAGCUUAUUGAGCACAAGGACGACACGUCCGACGAGGAGGACUAG